CUCCUCUGUCUACUGACUGCGAGCGAAUGACAAGAAGUGGUCGGAAAAUGGUAGAAAUUCACGGCCGAAAAUGCGACGGUAAAUAAACACACCUCGUCCUUACGCCAAACCACACAUCUGAUUCACACCAGGACGGGAAAAGGGAGCAGAUUGUGUAGGAAGGAGAAGGGUCAUAUACUUUUUGAACAACAUGAGGCCAGAAGUUUUUGGUUGAACUGUCCCCUUAAGAGAGAACAUUGAACAGAUCACUGUGACUUAAUAUCCACACCUGUAAUAUCCUCAAACUUCAUCAGAGAACCGGAGGUCAUCUUCAUAAUCAAAAAUGAACUGUCACGAUUCCGAGGUGUACACGGUGGCGCCGGAGAUGCCGGCCAUGUUUGACGGCAUGAAGCUGGCGGCGGUGGCCACGGUGCUCUACGUCAUCGUCCGGUGUCUGAACUUAAAAAGCCCGACAGCCCCUCCGGAUCUGACCUUUCAGGACACGGCGCUCUGCCACUUCAUACUGAAAUCCUGUCCCAUCCUGACCAAAGAGUACAUUCCGCCUCUGCUGUGGGGUAAAAGCGGUCAUCUACAGACAGCCCUGUACGGAAAGUUGGGUCGGGUAAGCGCUCCACACCCAUACGGCCUGCGUAAAUAUCUGCCCAUGCAGGACGGGGCCACGUCGACGUUCGACCUCUUCGAACCCCUGGUGGAUCAUCAGACCGGAGAGGACGUCACCAUGGUGAUUUGUCCUGGCAUUGGGAAUCACAGUGAGAAGCACUACAUCCGCACUUUCGUGGAUUAUUCACAGAAACAGGGUUACCGCUGCGCUGUGCUCAAUCACCUCGGGGCCUUGCCAAACAUUGAGCUCACGUCUCCUCGCAUGUUCACCUAUGGCUGCACAUGGGAGUUUGCAGCGAUGGUGGGCUUCAUAAAGAAGGCGUUUCCCCAAACCAAACUUAUCGUGGUGGGCUUCAGUCUCGGGGGAAACAUUGUUUGCAAGUUUCUGGGAGAGAACCGCACCAAUCAGGAGCGAGUCCUGUGCUGCGUCAGCGUGUGUCAGGGAUACAGCGCACUGAGGGCCCAGGAGACGUUUCUACAGUGGGACCAGUGUCGACGUUUCUAUAACUUCCUGAUGGCGGACAACAUGAAGAAGAUCAUUCUCUCCCACAGGAGUGUCUUGUUCGGGGUGAGCUCCACUAAAAUGGUGGAUGCAGAUUUGAGUCGACUGUACACUGCCACAUCUCUAAUGCAGAUCGAUGACAACAUCAUGAGAAAAUUCCACGGACAUAACUCACUGAAGGAAUAUUACGAAAAGGAAAGCUGUGUUCAUUACAUUCAUAAUAUCAAUGUGCCUCUGCUGCUGGUGAACUCUGCCGAUGAUCCGCUCGUGCACGGCUCUUUGCUCACCAUUCCCCGCACACUCGCAGAAAAGAAAGAAAAUGUUAUUUUCGCCCUGACGCUUCAUGGCGGACACCUGGGUUUCUUCGAGGGCGCUGUGCUGUUCCCUCAGCCCCUCACCUGGAUGGACAAGGUCAUCGUGGCUUAUGCAAACGCUAUCUGCCAGUGGAAGAAACAGAAGCCAGCAUGCCAGAGUCAAGACGCGGAUGCCAGCGAAACCAAAUGCCAAGACACUACAUCCUAAUCGCCCUCGUCUCCAUUUCACCGCACAGAGAACGUUUUCACCACGCACACGAUCCCACGACACCAACUUCAAACGUCAGUGGGGAAAACCCUUUUUUAUUGAGCAUCACCGUUUAUCGACCACCUGAAUCGCAAUUACUUCAACAUUUCUGAGGAAGAAACCGGAAAAAGGUGUUUGAUGACCAAAACAAGAUUGCUGGGUAGAGAAGGCACUGUUUUAGAUUAACUUGAGUUACCUUUUACAUAGAUACAAUCUGUUGCCCUCUAGUAGGAAACAUUGAAAACCGGUUCGUUUUUGACUGCUGUAGAGCUAAAGCACAGCCAGAGGAGUCUCAAUAAAACAUGCUCGGUCACAUUUUACCCCAAACUUAAGAAAACAAAUAUAUAUUAAAAAAAUAUUUAUUUGCAUUAACAAAAUACAGCCAUUUUAAGGACACCAUUUUUCCACCAUAAUACUUUAAAUAUUAUAAUAAUAAUAAUAAUAAUAGAAAAUAAUAAUAAUCUUGUUAUUAUUAUUAUUAUAUCUGCAUUAUUUUUAUAAUUUUGUUCAUACUCCAGUUACCAUAAUAUCCACAGGUCUACAGUAUUUUCAUUAUUUUUAGUGGUUAUUCUCAAUAGAUUACCAUUGCAGUAAAACAGUAUUUAUUUAUUCUUUUUUUAAAUUCCAUAAAUUAAAUGCCGCAAAUUACUUUGCUAUUAAAGUAUUUUCUCCCAUAUUACUCUUUUUGUUAUACGUAUUUGUUUGCAUCAAGUAAUUCAAAUGAUUUAAAAUGUGAUAUAGACUUUAUUUAGUUUAUGCAAAGAACUUUUUUCUAUAUCUUUCUUUUGAGUCUGGUGUGAUUUACGACCGUGCAUGCGUUUUUGAGAUUCACCGCCAGCUUAAUAAAGCAACACUGCUUACUUCACCACCGUACACAAUAGCUGUCUUUAUAGAAAGUGGCCGUUACGCAGGCACUGUGUGCUUAUGGAUAUGACAGGCACGUCACAUGACUGCACAUUAUUGUGUGACAAUAACACUAACACAGACACUUCAGAAACUUUACUGAUCGUGGAUCUGUGUACCAGGCCUUGCGAGUUCAAUCCAAAAACGUUCCUAGUCAUUUUUGUUAGAGCACUUUUAUAUAACAUUUGCCACACGAUUCAUUUUGAGUAAGAGCUGAGGGAGAGAGAAGACAUCCAUCGAGUGACUCAAUGAUCCCUUCUGAUCACCGGAUUGUGUUCGUUACUCACCAGGCGGUUUUAGUUUUGAGAUCUCAUUCCGUUAAAUUCCUAGACCUAUGGAAGUAGAACAGUUAAAAGAGAAACAGCAGUAUUUGUUGAAAGCUGUAGAAUUGUAAUUCAUGUCAAGUGUUGAUUUGGGACCCAGUGGGAGACGACAGUGCAUUUUGCAUUUUAAUGUCUGUGAAAGCUGGACACUUACAGGUAUUUAUGUUUUUCAUUUUCUUCAUGUUGCUUUUGAAUUUCGUGCAGUUAUUUGUCAUUUUUUGUAUGCGUGUUUCUUGGGUGAUAUGAACGGAAACAACAUUAUCUGGAACAGAUUUGUAAGAGGCGUUGUCAAAUGCGACCAGGCGGAAAAAACAUCCAUUUAAAUUUGAAGGGGAUGUUUAAAGAGAUGUUUCCAAAGGGCCUGUGGAGAUUAUGAACACCUUUGCCGAAGCAGUUUAGAACAGAUAUUUGUUAAAGGGACAUAAGGACAAAUCCCAUAAAAUUAUGUCUGGGUCACUUUUUUUCAUCCCAAAAUCCAUCUCCAAAAACUAAGACAUCAAACUGAAAUAUUCACAAUUUAAAUUCUUAUUGUAAUACAUUUAUUUCUCUAUUCUCCUCAAUUCUGUUUGAAUUCUAAAUGGUCCAAUUUUUUUCAAACGCACUUUAUUGUACAUUUACAAUUGGCAAAGUGAUACAUACAUUUUAUUAUCGCAGAGUAAAGACGACCCCUAGAGGAAAUGGUCUGUAAAAGCACAAAGUCAUUUGACACUGAGAAAACACUUUUGGGAAAUAUAAAUGAACAUGCAUAAAUUCAGUAUUACUUUUAGAAAUAUGCUGGAGAGUCAAUCCUUGUUUCUUUCAUUGUGUCAUGGUCUCGACUUUGAUUUAUUGUAAAAUUAUGUUAUUAAUCCAAAAGCUGAUGAUUGGUUGUCAUUUGCUGGACUUUUUCCUAUUGGUCUGAUCCGUUUGGCUUUUCACACCAGCAAAGCUUCAAUCUCUGCUUUAUGUCGAUCCAGUUUGCCUUUCAGAAUGUCUCCCACUUACUUUUUUUGCACAGAUACUAAUGGUUUAUGAUGUACAUCCUCAAGAUUUUCAUACAUUUUUUGUUUGUUCUUGUUAUUGUAUUUCACAUUUAUUUCACUGUCGUUGUUUUUAUUUUGUUGUGUAAAGAUGUAUGUAUGUAUGUAAAUGUGUGUAGGUCGAAUUUUUGCUUCAUAUCACCACUUAUGAACAGACGAAACAAAGAGCACACGAAGGUUAAAUAUGUUCAAUUGAUGUUUAGAAAUGAUUUAUUUCCUGUUUACGGAAACCAGGGAACGUUCAUUUGUCUGUUGAUCAGCAAUAAGGUUUUCGUCUCUUUUUCUCCAAGCCAAGAUGAGUUGAUGAACUCAAAACCAUUGUGUCAAAUGGAGUGUAGACAAAAUAUAUUUACGCUGCAGUCACAAAAGGGAUUUGGGAAUAUUUGAGAAAAAAUGCCCCAAGGAAUAGCAUCAACGGUAAUUCGUUUUUUUCUGGCUGUGUUAAAGCUAUAGAUUGUGUUUUUGAAGGAUAUAGAGUGGAAUAUUCACAACCUCAACUACACCGCCCACUUUAUUUUCAGUUGUAAUGGAUUAUUUCACAAAGAUCACUAAAUCCGUUCCUGCAAUUCUGACACACUUUCUCAUCAGUUUAUUGUGUUUGAUGGGUGGUUUUUGGAUGUCGUCUUCCCCACAAAGAAAAGAACAUUCAACAUGAGAUCUGAAUCACUGGUGUGUUUUUGUUUUGGAAACGCAACGGUGUGUGAUUGAAUAAUUUAUAAUUGAGAAUGGUUACUGUGUCCAAAAAAUAAAUAAAAUAAAUUAUUUUCUUGUUUAACAAA